CUCUCGAUCUUCAUUUUGCUUUUUUAUUAUUCCCUGUAUUUUUUAUCAGAUAUAUGAUUAUGAUGGACGGGAAGAAGUUGGAAUACAAGGGUGAGAAGGCGUUGAAAGAGAUUGAAAGGCUAACGUCGAACGCCGGAGAGGUUCAAGAAGAAAUUCUGAAAAGAAUAAUGGAGAUGAAUGGCGGGUGUGAGUAUUUGAACAAGUACAACUUGAAAAACAAGAAUAAUUCCUCUUCUUCAUCAGUAGAAGAAGAUUUGGUUUCGGAUUUCAAACGUUGUGUGCCUGUGAUCGCGUACGAGGAUAUCAGGCCUUACAUUCUCAGAAUUGCCAACGGUGACCACUUCAGCCCCAUCACCGGUCAACCCAUAACUGAGAUGCUCUGCAGCUCAGGAACUUCAGGGGGAGAGCCAAAGCUGAUGCCGUCAAUCGCUGAGGAUCUUGAUCGGCGGACGUUUCUUUACAAUCUCAUUAUGCCGAUUAUGGACCAGUAUAUUCCCGGGAUGGACGAGGGAAAGGCGAUGUAUCUUUAUUUCGUGAAAGCCGAAAUGUCGACUCCGUGCGGUUUACCGGCCCGGACGGUGCUAACAAGCUACUACAAAAGCAAGCAUUUCAAGUGCCGAUCCUUCGAUCCGUACAACGACAUGACCAGCCCCGACCAAUCCAUUCUCUGCUCCGACACCAACCAAAGCAUGUAUUGCCAGCUCCUCGCCGGCCUCGUCUACCGCCGCCAAGUCCUCCGCCUCGGCGCCGUCUUCGCCUCCGCCUUCCUCCGCGCCAUCUCCUUCCUCCAACACAACUGGCCCAGUCUAUGCCUCGACAUUAGGACCGGGCAGCUCAGCGGUAUGAUCGCCGACUCCGAGUGCCGAUCCGCCAUGUCCAAAAUCCUUCUGGCGCCGGACCCGGAGCUGGCGGACGAGAUUGAGGAGAUUUGCAGGGCGGCGUCGUGGAAGGGGAUUGUGUACCGGCUUUGGCCCAAGGCUAAGUACAUUGAGGCGGUGAUUACGGGGUCCAUGUCGCAGUAUGUUCCGGCGCUCAGGUAUUAUAGCGACGGGAAGUUGCCGUUGAUUUGUACCAUGUAUGCUUCGUCGGAGUGUUACUUCGGAGUUAACUUGAAGCCGCUGAGCGAUCCCGCGGAUGUUGCCUUCACGCUCUUGCCUAAUAUGGGGUACUUUGAGUUCAUACCCUUGGGGGAAAAUGGGACGUUCUUGUCGAAUCUGAAUAAAGAGGGAGAAGAAGAAGAGGAAGAGUCAAUUCCUCAGAGCAAGCUCGUUGACCUCGUACAUGUUAGGCUUGGGUGUUACUAUGAAUUGGUUGUCACUACAUUUUCCGGGUUAUACCGGUACCGGAUCGGAGAUGUGCUGCAAGUGGCGGGGUUCCACAACAAAGCCCCGCAGUUCAAAUUCACCUGCCGGAGAAACGUGGUGCUGAGCAUCGACAGCGACAAAACCAACGAUGAAGACCUUCACCGGAGCAUCACGGCGGCGAAGAAGCUUCUGGAGCCUCACCAGGCGCUGCUAGUUGAAUACACCAGUUACGCAGACACCUCAUCGGUCCCGGGUCACUACGUCAUCUACUGGGAAAUCAUGCACGCCGGCGCCGCCGCCAUUGAUGCACAGGUCCUUCAAGACUGCUGCAUCGCCAUCGAAGAACAACUGGACUACGUGUACCGGCGGUGCAGAAGCCACGACAAGUGUAUAGGCCCGCUGGAGAUCCGUGUGGUGAAGCCUGGAACCUUUGAUUUGCUGAUGGGCAACUUCAUCAAUGAAGGCUCCUCCAUCAAUCAGUACAAGACUCCCAGGUGCAUCAAAUCUAAUUCUUCUGCCCUCAAAAUCCUCGAGUCCAAUGUAAGGGCCAGGUAUUUCAGUCCCAGAGAUCCUGCCUGGAAACCUUAAUUAGUUUCAAUAAUCAAUUCACUGUGCAGUGGAUUA